AUGUGUCAGGUUUUAGUCAGUUUUUCAGCUUGUAUUGUAAUUUUCACAAGUGUAGAAGCUUACACAGGAGCCCAGAGUAGCUAUAGAAGAGUUUCUAGCGGCAAAUAUCGGUAUUUCUCGGAGAAUGAGAGGCUUAAACUGCGAGAGAAAGCCAAACAAAUGUUUUAUUUUGGGUAUGACAACUACAUGAACUUCGCCUUUCCCAAAGACGAACUUGAUCCCAUUCAUUGUACUGGAAGAGGGCCGGAUUAUGACACGCCGUAAGUAUUUUUAAUACAUAGUUUGUUGACUGCCCUGUGGUUGGUUGAAGGUAUUUCGAGGGCAUGGAAUGGCGAUGUUGUGAAUCAUUGACCGAGAUUCAUCGUCACUCACUGAUUUUAUAAGACGGAAGGAUUAUAAAAUCAUGUUGUUGUAUGAACACGCAAAAGCUUUUCUUAGUUUCGCCUGUUUAUUUUAAGUUAACUGUUCAUUUAAGCAUUCUUACAAUGCAGUGACAAAGCUGUCCUUUCUUCUUUGUGCAAACUGUUUGCACAGCCGCUAGAGCUCUAUUAUUAGAAAAUUAAUUUAUUAGGUUAUUUACUGGUUAAUAACUGGCAAAAAAAAUCAGGCUACCCUGGUAAACAUAUAAAGCAUGUCAAAAUUCCCUUUCCACUAGUUAAAAAAUAAGUUUGGCAAGCUAUUUUGUCAGUUAUCAUUUAGUGGGUUUAUUUUUAAAUGAUAUGCAUGCCGUUUGGAACCGGAUUAUGCAAUCCGGAAAAUUUUUUCUUGUGGAAACUGGAAUUUGAGAAAUCUUUCUUGUGGAAUCUGGAAUCCUGGGCUUUGGAAUCUGGAAUACACCUCAAGGAAUCCUGAUCCCCCUAAGAAUUGAAAGUUCCACCAUCAAAGAAUCCGGAAUCCAGUACCAGGAAUCCAGAAUCCAGAAUCCAUGCCCUAGAAUUCAGAAUACAAGACUAUCUUGGAUUCCCUUAUAUGGGCAAUAAAACAAAGCAAAUCCUCAUGCACACUGUAGGGACCCUCGGUAGGUGUGUCUUAGAGUACCGCCAAUGGUCAUUCCGUUUUUUUCUUAGAUCAGUGGGUUGUUCGAGCUAAUUUAUUUCCCCACAUUUCUUGCACCUCACAAAUUCUGCAAAAAAGAGAUUGCUCAGAACCUAGUUUCACCUUUAAUAAAGAGCAAACAAAAAACCUGUACACAGGGAUGAUCUAAGGAUUUUUUUGAGUUUGAAGUUUUCGAUUUUGCAAUUUUUUUGUGUAGGAAUAUUUUGGCUAGUAUUUUUGGGGUAGCUUAAUUUGAUGUAGGGAUUUUUGGGGUAUUUAAAACAAUCUGAAGAUUCAUGAUGGUUCCCACGUAUCCUGGCUGUGUAGUUCCUCAGUGAAAAAAUUUAUGGCUUGGAAAUUCUCCCUGGGAUUUUUUGGGGGUUUUGUUUGAAGGCAUAGCAACUGAGCAGAAAUAGGUCCUAAAUUUCAACUGAUCUAAAUAUGUAUUGGUAUGGAGCAUAACUGAAUUUCUUUUUCCCUUAGGUCAAAUAUUAAUAUAAAUGAUGUUUUAGGAGACUAUUCAUUAGGAUUGUUAGAAUCACUUGGCACUUUAGCAGUAAGUAUGAAACCCCCUUAGCAUAGUACACUUUAAUGUACUUCUGGAACUUAAUGAUGAGAUUGGAUGAGCAGUGUGCAAUUUUACCAUAUUAUUGUUGUUUUUAUAGAUAAUGGGCAACAGUAGUGAAUUUAAGAGAGCUGUACAGCUUGUUAUAGAUUCUGUAUCAUUUCAAAGGAAUAAUACAGUUCAAGUUUUUGAAGCGACAAUAAGGUGAGAAGUAGCCUGCAUGGCAGAUGCAUAAAGAGUUAAUGAGGGGGAGAAGGAGAAAGGUGCAAAAGGAUAAAGUUAAGUCCUUAUUACAUUCUCUCCUCAACCCCCUCCCUUCGUUUUUCCCUUUCUCCCAAUCCUUUACCCCUUUCAACGACUGCUAUGCAGGGUAGGUGAAAAUUAUCAUGUAGCUUACUCCUUUAAACUUACUUACUCGGGCCAGAAAUCAUCCUGAGCUGGAGGCAUUUCAACAGCUAAUACUCAACAGGGGGCACAUUACUCAACCUGGAAGGAUUUUCACGGCGAUCCUUACACACAGACUGAUGUUUGCCGUCUUUCUAGUAGUCCCCGAACAGAACCCUUAAUCCAUUGUCUUCGGUUACAGCCCAGGAAAUAUACCGUCCCUUACUCAGUCCCUUGGAUAACCUUUUGUUUUGAAUGGAUGCACCAUGAAAGGGUAUUUAUUCAGGAGUUAGACCAGAGCAUUAAGAUAAGUCAUCCUUGGUGCCCAAGCUACCACUUUCAUGUACUGUUAAAGGAGUGUUUUUGUUAAUGAUAACCCUGACAACAAUCAACUGCCACUCGCUACAUUUUGUGCAUUUAAUUUUCAGAGUGCUAGGAUCAUUAUUAUCAGCCCAUCUGAUCAUCAAGGAUCCUUUACAACCUUUUGGUGACAUGGUACCAACAAAUUAUGAUGAUGAAUUAUUGCUUCUUGCUCAUGACAUGGCAAACAGGCUGCUGGCAGCAUUUGAACAAUCAGUCACACAAAUUCCAUAUCCUAGGGUAUGUACAUUGUCAUCUUCAGAGCUGUGUUCCUUUUAGUAAGCAACAUAGUAAGCGCUAGCCCAAAGGAUCACACUGGGCUCUGAGAACAUAAAAUGGGGUAUGUAAUGUAAGUGUGGCUGGAAAAAAUUUUUAGGACUUUGAACCUGUGGUCCAGGAUGAAGGCACUUCUUUUCAGGAGCUGGUGGAUAAUUACCCGUGAGGGAGGGGUGGGGGUGCAUUUGCGGUGGCCAUUAUGAGAAAGCUUAGAAGAUUUUCAAACCGACUCCCCAAUUCAUCCCAGCUUUUUAGGAGUGACCCCCCAUAGAUUUUACAUAUUUUGAAAGUGACCCCUCACCCAAGUAUUCUAGCUACAAAUUGUGCCAAAUUUCACCACACACUUCAUCUGCAGUUGUGUCUAUGAGUUUGGUCUUUACUACUUUACUGCUGUUACAUUCACUGGUACUGCUUGUUUUUCAAAUUUGGUAAUUAAUUUCUUGACUAACCUGUAUUCUCAGUACUCCUCGUGUAAGAUGUGGAGUAUAGGUUUCUUUCUAUUAUGUAAUUCCUGACAUAAUUACCAUUUUCAUUUCUGUUUUUAGGUAAAUUUAUUUAGUGGUCUUCCUUCAAUGCAUCACAAAGAGACCUGUACAGCUGGAGCGGGAACAGUUUUAUUGGAAUUUGGAAUCUUAAGCAGGUUAUUAGGAGACCCAACCUUUGAAGCUUUAGCCAGGAAAUCUCUAGCUUCUUUGUGGAAACGCAGAUCAGUGAAAACUGGUCUUUUUGGUAAGUAUACCGGUAGUUUUAUUUUGAGGGUUAGUAAGGAGCUAUGAUUGAUUGCAGUAGACACGUUUAAGCAAGUUUAUGUACUAGAUCCCUUGAUGAAAGCAGAGUUUUGUUGUGAGCUACUGACCUUUAAAUGACACAUUGAAUUUACUAACAGGUUAAUUACAUCUAGUUACCAAAUUGAAACAAAGGCAAAAUAAUAGCCUACCAAGAUGAUCGACACUUACCCCUACUCCCCCAAAAAGGUGUGCCCAGAUUUGAACCAUUAUCAUACUUGGGAUAGUAUGGCAAAAGUGAAAAGAAGCAACCGAAGGAAGGUCAACAGGUUUCCUCUUAAAACGGUAUUGCAGUAUAAUAUAAAAGGUUUCUUGUUUUUUGCUACAGGUAAUAUAAUAAAUGUUGAGACUGGAGAAUGGUCAGGAAAAAUGAGUGGUGUAGGAGCAGGAUUGGACUCGUUUUAUGAGUAUCUUCUUAAGGUGACUUGUAAUGUAGUAGCCAUUGUUAAGGAGACUAUUCUACCCCCUACCCCCACCCCCUCUGCUCUCAGCUAUCUGUUCCCCGCCCUUCCAAAUUAGCCUGUCUGGCAGGCGCAAAAGGGUAGGGGGAGGGGGGAGGGAGAAAAGCCGGAAAGUGGGGAAAAAUUCUCCCUUUUUCUUCCUCCCUAUCCCCUACCCCUUUCAACGCCUGCUACGCAGGCUAUUCAAAAUAUACAUGUAACCGUGCAGCUAUUUGGGUGUUGGUCAAAUGCGUGCAUGGCUCGUCAUAUGGCUUUCUGAUCGCUGAAAAUAACUCAACUUGAGAACUGUGUUUAAUUUCAGGGCUACAUCAUGUUUGGAGAACCAGAUGAUUUAAAGAGAUUUAAUGAUAUUUAUAGAGUUCUCAAUAGAUAUCUACGAAAAGGGUAAAGUGAUGAAAAACUUCAUUCGUAAGAAUUUUUAAGUCGUCAAAUUAGUAUAGCCAGCUCUGUUUCCUGGACUCGUGAAAAAGUCACAGUGUAUUGAAACGUUGUCUUUUCCUUUUUAUUAGUCGUCGUACAUGCAAUCAAGGCAACGGCACAACACCUUUGUACGUAAAUGUGCACAUGAACAGCGGUGAAACAGCGAACACUUGGAUAGAUGCGUUGUCUGCAUCAUUUGCUGGAGUUCAGGUCAGUAAAGAGGCUAAACGGUUUUUACUAGCUCUACAAACACAAGCACUGGCCCUAUAUAAUAAGGAUCCUUGUUUCCCAUGUGAAAACGACCUAGACGCUUGGAAUUAAUGAGCCCAACUAACGGGGCGCGCGAGAGAGACACGUGUCUCCGUCGCCGUCGCGCGCCCUGUUCUUUCUUUCAAGCGCCUGUUACGCAAGCUAGGGUUACCGGUCGUUUCGUUAAAAAUCCGGUUUGAUACAAUUCGUAUUAAGACAAGUCGAUUCAGUCGAGGUUUGAAUUAGGAAGUAGACACGUAGGUCGUUUACAAUAGUUUCAAAGGAAAGUCUCCAGAAACUAGAAACAGUCCCGCGAUAACGUUUAAGAUAGGCUGCCUUUUGUAAUGCGAUGUUAUCAAGACGCAGAUGUGCAAGGCGGUUUUCAUAAAACAGAUCAGAAAAUAGAUCGUAAAUGAUAAAUACGCCUUGUUUUAGGUGCUGAAAGGAGAUAUCACAGAAGCUAUUUGCACUCAUGCUCUUUACUAUGCCAUCUGGAAGAAAUACGAAGCAAUGCCGGAAAGGUUUAACUGGCACACCAAACAGUCUGAGGUGCACUUCUCCCCUGUCAGGCCAGAACUUGUAGAAUCCACUUAUCUCCUUCAUCAGGUUCGUAUUGCCAAUAACUGUGCAUGCGCAAUGCUAUGACGGUCGUUAUAGCAGACCUUAGCAGUUUAUUUUUGCCGCUGAGUCUCUUAAAGCCACUCCUUCCACAUCAAACUUGACCAUUGGUCAUUCGGCAUCCCCUUGCUGAAAAACGAUUAAUAAAUACAGAUUUUGAGUUCGUCUAACAGGAAAGCGGAGUGUAGUCAUAGCCAUUCACGUCAUUUAGCACGGCGCAAAUUAGACUAGACUGGCUGCGUUAGGAUUUUACAUUCAUUCUUACUUUGGAUAUAUUUAGCCUGCGUUGAAGCUAGCCUACGCAUCGACUAUACCAACGGCAUACGCUCCAUACAGCGCUUUAGAGUCUGUCCUGCGACGCCGGCCCUAGAUUUAUUAUAAUGGAAAGAAGGCGAAAUUUGCACCGUUGUCCUCUCAUCCUUGAGAUUUUAUUGCGUCACGUUUGUUAUCUGUUUACUUAUUACAGGCGACUCAUCAUCCGUUUUAUCUCCACGUUGGUCGCGAAAUUAUGAGGGAUAUAGAGAAACACUCAAAAGCCAGGUAGCGCCGUUCCUAUAUAGGCUUCUUAAAUGUUAUCCUUGUACAUUGCCCUGGGAAAUACACUGUAUGUAGGUGGUUACUUUUCAUCAGUGACACACAGCUAGACUAGAUCAUCAAAGAAUACUGAAACUGUUGUUUACGUUUCUCUUUAUGUAACUGAGUGGAUAUUAGGCUCGAUUUCCGCCGCUCUUGCGGUCUUCCCCGAGAAGAGAGGGGAGGAUCGUGGGCUCAUUUCCCGAACAACGGCUUCGAAACGGCUGGUAAUCAAGCCUAAAUGGAUAUUUGUGUCCGCUCAAGGAUUCCAUACUAACUUAACACUAAGUGGGUUGCGUAUGAUCGUCUGGGUGAACGUAGUCCAGAAUAGGACUGUUGUUGACAGUGACUGACAACCAGAGUGGUAGUCAUCUUCAGAGUCAAAGUGAGCUGUAUCAGUUGAUGGUAUUAAACUCAGGUUAUCGAUCUGAAGCCCUAAGAGUGAUCAGUAUCAAAUUUCUCCCUCUAACGUGCAAUGCUUUAUAAAAAAUUAAGGACGUGUCAUGAUCGCACAAGGAGAUUUUGCUUGAUACUUUAAAAACCUCUCCCACUACUUUUGUAGCGAAAGAAUAAUGGGAAAAAUGAGAAUUUGAAUUUUGAUCUAAGGUUUUAAAUGGCAUGUGUUAAGGUUAGACCAGUAAUGUACAAUCUGAUAGAUCCCUGGUGCAAACACAUUUUGGACUUUUUCUCUUUUAUUGAAUAUAUAAGGAUUUAAACCGAAAAAGUGACAAGAACCUCAUUUCAUUAUUUUUUAUCUUUUUUAUGUCAGAUGUGGGUAUGCUACAUUACAUGACGUCAGAGAUAAAUCUCAAGAAGAUAGAAUGGAAAGUUUUUUCUUAAGUGAAACUUGCAAGUAUUUAUACCUCGUAAGUGCAGAAUGUAAUCUUUCAAAAAUAGAGUAUGUAGAUUUACCCAGGGCUAAAAGCGAAGCUCUCGUUCAUAUACUUAUAAUUUACUCAAACAAAACAUUAGGCAAAUCGUGCAAUGCUAAACGGCGACGGCGACGAGAACUGCAAAAAAAUCAAGUCUAAUUAGCAACAAAAAAAACUGUUGAUAGAGUUAUUUUACAUUUGAAUGCCUGUGUUGCGGACGGGAGGGCGGAGGGACGUACGGUCACGUGAUUACAAAAAAUUAUCGGAUGCAUAGAUAACCAAAUUUUCUUACCCAGGUUGCUUCGCUGCGCGCGCUUCGUGCGCGCGAGAUCUCCGCUAUAAUGGGUUCAAAUUAGUUGAAAUGCUGUGCCAAGAGAAGAUGCAACGAAAGUAAACGCGCGAAUGUGUGAGUUCAGUAGGAUGGUAUUAAUGGCGAUAAAACUUGCAAAUUACCCGUACGCGUAGCCGUAAAUAUGUGUGUAUGGCCUGUUACCCCGGAGAAACUGCCAGGCGAUACCGGGUAGAAAGGUGAUGCCAUUAUCAAAUCUGGGAAAUCAGGUUUGCCUUUUGUCAAACAUGUGUGCCUACCCGUACCCGUAGGCAGAAAGGGUGUAUUUUUAGGUCUCUUGUUUCCGAAAAAGGAGAAAUUUCUAAGCGGUUCAGUGUAAGGAAAGCGCAAAAGAAGCGCAGGAAACAGCGCAUCUGUAUUAGUAAGUUUUAUAGAGCACGGGAACAGUUUUUAUUGGUUGCAAGGACAUUUCGCGAGUUCUUGUGGACAAAUUGUGGAGCCGAAGAAUCGCAAAGGAGACGAUCAACUGACAGACUGGACACGGGAGACUGAUUAUAUCAGUUGGGUUAAUGAAGUCAAUUUUUCGUCGUAAAAAGAUUGAGAAAAUGAGAUGGAACCCGCCCUUCCCUGUACGCUGUACAGUUCUUUUCUCCGCCCGGUCUGAUCAGUUUGAUAAACGCCGGUCUGUCGGGAUUGUGUGGGUUCAAGCCCCGGGCGGACCAACACUCAGGGUCUCAAAAUGAAAUGGGGGUAUUCAUAACUCAUAACCUACGUCAUUAAUUGCAACCUGUGCCACGGGCAGCCUGGCAAAAUUCCCCCAACCAUUGAUAGGAAUUACCCCUGAAAAGCCCUGAGGGGACUGGACAAUAAGAUAUUUACAUUUAAAAUUUAGUACGAGACUAGUCUGAAUCCAGUCGUAUUUUCCCUCUCCAGCUGUUUGAUAGUGAAAACCAUGUUAAUCAAGAUGCCUCGAACUACAUCUUCAGUACGGAGGGACACAUUUUUAGACUGGACCCGCGAUUUAGAAAAUCAGCUUUAGAAAGCAGAACAAGGAAAUUUAGUGCUAAAGUAGCAAAAGCACCCUCAGCUGGACGAUACAACGACAGUGUUGGGGUAAGUGUGAAAUAAUUGAUUUUUAACUCGUGCGUUAGUCUGAUUGGCCUCUUUAAGGAACUGGGGCCGAAAUGCGUCCCGCAACGUCACCGGGGGCGCGCCGGUCAGCUAUUGGCCAUUGUUUCCCAAUGCCCUAAUUAAAGUCCAAAAAAAGUUUUAGCGAAAUUUAACUUGUUCCGGUCCCUUUCUCGUUUCUAAAAUGGUGAAUUGAAUCAGUCGUUAUGGUGCUCAAUCAUAUUUGGUCAUUCGGUUGGGUCUUCUAGCGUCCGUACCUGUCAGUCAUCAGACAGUUAGCCGGGGCCAGUAAACACGUAUUCAUUCCUUAGUAAAAGCUGUGAUAGGAUUCACCCCGUCAGGGUGUGCCAAUCACACAGACUGACAUCUAGCUAUUCAUCUAAUUAGCUCCCCUCCAAACUUUCACCGGAAUGUCUAUCUACCCAUCGAUAGUCUACUCUGUUUUUAAUCAGAGAACGAGUGAUCGUUCCAUGAGAUAUUCACAGUCAUCUCGCCACUUUAGAAACGACUGAAAAGGGAACUGGAGCCGAAAUGCAUCCCGCAAUUGCUUCUGGGAUCGUUAUCGGGGGCGCGGCGGUCAGCUAUUGGUCAAUUUUUCUCCGCGUCACUAGUAACAGUCCCAGAAGUCUUUGUGAAAGUUAACUCGGCCCAGUUCCCUUCUGCUUUCUUAAGUAGCGACUAUUUUUGCAGUUAGAAGGAUCAGUAUACAGUUUCUUUCGACAGCUUCACCCUCCUUAAAUCCUUUUUUUUUUUUCUCAGUGCGCAAUCUUCUGUGGAAAUUUAAACAGUCCUCUACCCAUGGACAUUCAUCACUGGGAGGCAGUCGAGGCAGCAGUUGGAAUUUAAUGCGAUACUUAUCCUGCAGAUAAACUACAGAGACAAGAACAGUCAACAGAUCAACUCCUUCAACGUUUGUCUCGAAAAUCUCUGAAUCAUUCACUCGUAGUCGCUCGACUUGUUGAAAUCGCCCUACCUGUAUGCGUUUGUAAAGAUUUUAACCGCUUGACGACAGAUAUACUUGAAGACUACAUGGGAUAAAACGUGUUGAUCUAAUCUUGGCAACUAACGGGUUACGUCUUGGGAAUUUCCAUAGGGUCCAAUCUAAAAACGUUGCCCACAAUUUGACUUAUUCGACGGAUCUCCGUAUUCUUUUCUCCCCGCCGGAUAGUCGUCUUGGAAUCAGUCUUGAUUUUAGCCUUGCAUUUAGAAUGAGAAAUGUCUGGAAUGCUAGAGGUGUAGGUUUAAGCGCUCUGAAGCGGAAUAUUGCAUUUGCAUUUGUCUCUCUCGAGCGCAAAGGUUUCACAGAUGGUCUUUCGAAGAUUGUUGAAAGAUGCAAUCCCCCCUCCCCCCCUUACUGUAAAAUGGAAAGUGAGUGGUUGUUAUUGUCGCCAGAUGAGAACAGGCACUUUUUAGAGAAGAAGAAUUUCCAAGACCCUGAACCUGGUUAUCGUAGAUGUGCGGCUGUGACCUCAACUGAAUGUAGAGUAUUUUUGUACAGUUGUACUAUGAGAAUAAUUUUUUUGGCACGCACUGAGGUCAAAUAGUGCUGUGCUGCAUUACUCUGGUCAUUUUAGUUCAGUGGCUGCUAUGAUAGUCGCAAAAUGAAAAAGUCGUAAUAGUUUUGUAUCAAAAGAUAAGAAAAAUAAAGUUAAUGGGAAC